UGUGACGCACGUAUAUAAACAGAUGUCAGUCAAAAUUUUCUAUUAGUUUGUGUGGAUACUCCUGUAGUGCACGUAGAGCGUAUACGGUACCAUUAGUAUACAGGUUAUCCCAUUAUUAUGGAGACAAAAGCAAACACUGAAAUUAUGCAGGACACCACUGUUCUUUGUGGUGAUAAUAUGGAAAGAUUUAAACUUGACAAGAACGGAAAAAUAAAGCUACCAAGAAGAUUAAUACAUUGUAGUGAUGGAAUAUUGGAGGAAUACAGCACAGAUGAAGAGGAAGAGGAAGAAGAAGCAGACCUUCCUGUGGUUGAUCCGAGUACCUUACGAUGGGGUCCAUAUAUUUGGUACAUGACUGUGAAAUCUGCAUUUACAGGGCUUGCAGCUUGCGACUACUUGGGUGAAAAGUUGGCUUACUUCUUUGGCAUCACAACUCCAAAGUAUCAAUAUGAGUUAAAUCAGUUAAAGGAGAUGGAAGCUGAGGCAGAUGAAGAGGAAAUUAUUGCUAAGGAGGAAAGAGAAGCUGAGGAGAAAGCAAUUGAGCAAGCCAUGAGAAUCCUGGAAACACCUGCACUAAAUGUACCAGAUGUUACUCUCGUUGUUGAUCAGAACAGUUAAGGACUACUUGGCUUUUUUGGUAUUUAUACUAUUUACGGUACUUAACUUGUUACACAGAAUUCUUCAAUGCUACCAACCACUGUGGUUUAUUUUAGCUUUAUUUUAAGAGUUAUAUUGAAAUGCAAUUUAAAAUGAGGACUGAAUAACGGUUUCCUAAGUGGCAUGGUAAUAUUUUCAACUAUAAAUUAUCAAUGUAACAUCUCCACUCCUCUGGAUUAGUUUGGUUUUACUUUAAUUUCUCAACAAAUAACUGUAGGAGAUUAUGACACAAGGCAGUGUUCUAUGUUAUUUUGCAAUAAUUGAUGGCCUACUCAUUUAUUACACACUGCGUACUUUGUUAUUCUGAGUUCAUAUUGUUUUUUGUAGUUUGAGAUUUUGGUUUAAGGUUUUUAAAACGGGUCUAGAUUUUAGUUUUUAUAAUACGUGAUGUGGGCUGUUAAUAUAAACCAACUACAAAUGUGUUGAAUGAAUAUUGGUUUAAAAAUUACAAUUAAAUUUCUUAGUUGUGACAAACAUA